GAGGAGAGUGCCGGAGCGUUGGGCCAUGAAGCACCUGCCAAUCUCCCGCUGGCUGAGCCAACUGGGCCUGCCGCAGUACUGCCGGCUAUUUGACGAGGAGUACGACGGUGUGGAGGACUUGCUGCACCUGACAGAGCUGGACCUGCUGGAGCUGGGUGUCCAUAACCACGUCCACCGCAUCCACAUUCUGUCCAGCAUCCAGCUGCUGCAGGAGAGAGAGAGAAGGAGAGAGCUUAGGAUGAUGGCGGAGGGGAAGUUCGCCAGCCUGCCCCGGAACAUGCAUGUAGGCCGGCAGUGCCCGCUGGCCUCGUCCAUGGACCUGCUGGGCGCCCGCAUGCCCGGCGGUGUUAUGGCCGACAUGCCGCCCGUGGCCAGCGAGGGCUACUCCAUCCACGGCACGCUGCCCCGUAAGAAGAAAGGGGGCCCCAGUGUGGCGGGGCGCCACUGGGACGUGAGCGGGUACUCGGGGUCACUGCCACACCCGGCCCGCACCCGCCUGCCCUCCUCGCCACUCAUACACGUCAUCGAUGAGCACCAGCCCUUUCACACACUCAGGGACGUGUGUCCAGCAUACAGGGAUCCUUGCGGCAUGGACCCCACCAUGGAGUAUGUAAAGUUCUCCCGGGACAAGUACAUCAUGGACGGGCCACCAGAGAAGCUGCGCAGGGAGCUGGAGGAAGAGCUGAAGCAGGCCAGCGAGGAGCCCCGCAGCCACGCAUGGUACCACGGAGCCAUCCCCAGACAGGUGGCGGAGAACCUCGUCCAGAGGGACGGUGACUUUCUGAUCCGCGACUCGCUGUCGAGCCCGGGGAACUACGUGCUGACGUGCCAGUGGAAGAACAGCCCACAGCACUUCAAGAUCAGCAAGCGCGUGGUGGCGCUGAACGAGGCCUACUCGCGCGUGGAGUACCUGCUGGAGGCGGAGGGCUUCGACAGCGUGCCCGCACUCGUGCGCUACUACGUGGGCAACCGCCGGCCCGUCUCUGAGGUGGUGGGCGCCAUCAUCUUCCAGCCCAUCAACCGCGGGCUGCCCCUGCGCUGCCUGGAGGAGAAGUACGGCGUCGGGGCCCUCCGGCCAGACGGAACCCACCUCGCCGACCGCAAGAGCCAGACCUCCAAACGCCUGAGUCUGAACAUCCUGAACGGACACAGCCAGGACCAGUCCAUCAGCAGGGGGAACCUCCUCAGCAACAAGGACAAGUGUGGCAGCCAGCCUGCGUGUCUCAACCACGUCCAGGACCGACGCCGGCCUCUGAAGACGCACCAGUCCGAGAGCUUCCUACCUCUCGGUUCUAGACCUCAGGUCCAGCUUCCCCACAUGGAUCUGCAGCCCAGCCCGAAGUCCCCAGUGUUCCGGACGGGCAGCGAGCCGGCCCUGAGCCCGACCGUGCCGCGGAAGAUGCCCCUGGAGCUGCGGGCUGGGGAGGCCAUCCGCGGCUCGGACAGCCAGCUGUGCCCCAAGCCGCCCCCCAAACCCAGCAAGGUGCCCGCCACAGGCAUCCCACGGUCCCCACGCCUGCUGCACCUCACCCCCCCGCCCCCACUGCCCCCACAGAAGCCGCAGAAGGAGCAUCUCCUCCUGAUGAUCCAGCAGCAGCAGCAGCAGCAGCAGAUGGCUCCCUACAGCGCCGAGGUGAACUACUGCGAGCUGAGCCCCUGUGGUCAGGCGGACUGGGAGCGGAUCAAUGGGCAGCUGCCCGCUGGUGGCGGCAGCAGUGGCACGUUGGGCAGCAACACCAGCAGCAGCAGCUACGUGGAGAGACUGAGGAGAGACGAGGAGCAGAGGAGCACCAGCACCACCAGUGGCGGCAGCGCGGGCAGUGAUGGCACGGCCAAACUGGACCGCAGCUCCUACCACCACGCCAUCGAGGCCCUGGAGAACGGCAGCGAGGACGACGAGGAGUUCAAUGCGGAGGAAGAAGAGGAGGCGGAAGAUGACCGGCGGCAACAGCCGGAGCGAGACGGCACCGGGAGGGGUGGAGGGACGGAGGUGGACGAGCUGGCCGAGGAGAAGCUGAGACUCAGGUUCCGGCGGCCGGUGUUCGAGACGGAGUCGCAGUUCCGGCCGGGCGAGACCACGUUCCGUCUGCUGCCGAUGGCGGAGAACAAGCCGCUGGAGAUGACUGUGCUGAAGAGAGCCAAAGAGCUGGUGGUCAGCAAGGACCACCGUGUCAUCGCCAAACACCUCCUGCUGGCAGACUGUCAGGUUGCCAGGACACUUAACGUUUCCGAGGAGAUGAAGGGUCAAAUGGGUGUGACCUCUGGCCUAGAGCUGUUGACCCUCCCACAUGGAAGGCAACUGCGUCAAGACCUGAUGGAAAGGCACCACACCAUGGCUAUAGCAGUAGCCGUCGACAUCCUGGGCUGCACAGGAAGCCUGGAGGAGCGAGCCGCCACCCUCAACCGCAUCAUCCUGGUGGCCCUGGAGCUGAAGGACGCCAUGGGGGACCUGUUUGCCUUCUCCUCCAUAAUGAAGGCCCUGGACAUGCCCCAGAUCACAAGGCUGGACCACACGUGGACCAUCCUGAGGAGGAAGUACACUCAGAUGGCCAUCAUCUAUGAGAAGUCUCUCAAGCCGUUCUACAAAGGCCUGUACGAGGGCACUGUGGACGUGCCCCUGAGCAGCACCACCGUCCCCCUGCUGUUGCCUCUGCUGACCCUGAUGGAGCGUCCGGCCGUGGCCUUUGAGGGCAUGGAGCUGUGGGAGAGCAACGACCAGGGCUGCGAGAUCAUGCUGCGCCACCUAGAGGAGGCGCGCGCCAUGGCACACAAUGCAGACUUCUACACCGCCAAUGCAAAGAAAGUGCUGCAAGACUUCCAGGCGGACGCAGACCUGCUGGAGAUCUUCAGGACGGACUUCCAGCUGCGUCUGCUCUGGGGCAGCCGGGGUGCGGCCGUCAACCAGGCUGAGCGCUACGACAAGUUCAACCUCAUUCUCACGGCCCUGUCCAGAAAGCUGGAGCCGCCGGUCAAACACACGGAGCUCUAAUCGCUCUGGUCGGUCCCAUGCGGACUGCAACUGGACUUUAUACGUCUGCUAAUGAACAGUUUAUUGUGGCCUAUAAAUGGACGUUGAUUCGGUAAUUAAGGCCAGGCUCACGGAAGGACAGACCAGCCUCAGGUCUCUAUUCACAUGGAGGCUGAUGGAGGUGCACUUUUCCCAGAAUGCCUCUGGACAUAGACUCACAUGUGUGUUUGUACAGUGUUCAGGAGACUUGGUCUCGAUCUACGUCUGAACAGAUGGGUGAUGAGAGGCAGUUGUUGCCAAGGCACAGCUGAGUUGAAGAGCAGCAAAACACCACUUCAUCAAAAGCCUGGUGUUACAAAGGACUCUACGCACCUCUAGUAGAAGAGUAGUGGAACACCACUUGAUGAGUGGACCUGGAGCAGACCUGGACUCUACAUGGGACAGGAAUCUUCCAGAUCCUCUGAGGACUGGACUUUUGAAAAGUGUUCAUGUAAAAAUGGAACUCUGGUAUGGAUGUUGUAUCUCAGUGUUGAUGUGUUGAACACAGCAAUUUUAAUGCCAAGAACGUAGUAGUAUUAGCCUCUUAAGAAGGGGUAGUACAGAAACAGGCAGGUGAGCGCAUGACUAUACUAAAGAAACCAAAUGGACAUGGAUACAAAGCGCUAAAGCGAGGCCUAAGCCUGCUAGAAAAACCCACUGGAUUCCUGGUGCAAUUCUGCUUUUUUUCCCUCAGCAGUCUUCUCUGCAGGUUUUGAAGAGUACUGUUUGCACAUUAACUUUCGUGUUUCACCAGUGAAAUGAAAUAUUCAUCUGGUGUUUGCUGUGCUUCAGUAGGUUGUGUCGACCUCACAUACAAAGGUGUAAAUAUGUUGGUUAAUAACGUAAGCAUGUUAAUGCAAGGCUGUAAUAUAUUUCCUUUUUAAUAUUAUUGACUUGUAAAUAGAGCCUCGUAAUAAUUUUAAUAUCUUUAUAUGGAGUAUUGCGACAUGAAUAGAUCAACAGAGGUUUAAAUAAAACUACUUUUUAACUCCUAUAUCCUUCUAAUGUUCAGGAGGUUCCUUCUUAAAAUCCUGUUGCAAAGCCAUAUGUUCCAAAACGCAUUUGGUAAUAAACUAGGUGAACAACU